AAGAUGUUCCAAGACCUCAGAGAUUCCAACAGCUCAAAAUUCCAGGUCUCUGAGUUUAUUCUGUUGGGAUUCCCAGGCAUUCACAGCUGGCAGCACUGGCACUCCCUGCCCCUGACUCUGCUCUACCUCUUAGCUCUCAGCGCCAACAUCCUUAUCCUGAUCAUCAUCAACAAGGAGGCAACACUGCACCAGCCUAUGUACCAUUUCCUGGGCAUCCUGGCCAUGGUAGAUAUGGGCAUGGCUACCAAUAUCAUGACCAAGAUUUUGGCUAUCUUGUGGUUCAAUGCUAAGUCUAUCCGUCUCCCUGAGUGCUUUCUGCAAAUGUAUGCCAAAUAUACAUUUAUGUUUAUGGAAUCAGGCAUCUUUGUCUGCAUGGCUAUAGAUAGAUAUGUAGCCAUCUGUCAACCACUACGAUAUCCAUCAAUAAUCCACAAAUCUUUUGUGGUCAAAGCCACUGUAUUCAGGACACUCAGAAACAGUCUGUCUUCUAUCCCUGUGCUUGUGUUGGCUGCUCAGAGACACUACUACUCAAAAAACCAAAUCAAGCCCUGUCUGUCUUCUACUCUUGGAGUCACUAGCCUAUCCUGUGAUGACAAGAGAAUCAACAGUGUCUAUCAGUUACUUCUGGCCUGGACACUCAUGGGAAGUGACCUGGGUUUGAUUAUUAUAUCCUAUGUUCUAAUUCUUCACUCUCUGCUGAAGCUGAGCUCAGCAGAAGCUGCAUCCAAGGCCUUAAGUACUUGUACUUCCUACCUUAUCCUAAUCCUUCUUUUCUAUACAAUUCUUAUUGUCUUUUCUGUCACCCAUGGUGCAACAAAGACACUUCCCCUCAUCCCUGUUCUACUCAACGUACUUGAAAAUAUCAUUCCUCCUGCCCUCAACCCCAUGGUCUAUGCACUCAAGAACAAGGACCUGAGACAUGGCUUAUAUAAGUUCCUUAAGCUGAACUGCCAAGGCAGCUAA